AUGGUGGACACCUUGAGGCGUGUCCUGUCCAAAGAUGGCCGUAGCAACGUACGCAUCGAGCACGUCAGCGGGCGGAAUGCGCUAUACAUGCGUGACCUCUGGACAACAUUUCUGGACAUGCAGUGGCGCUACAAGUUCUUCCUGUUCACAGCCACGUUUGCAGGGACCUGGUUCCUGUUUGGGGUACUGUGGUAUCUGGUGGCAUUGGUGCAUGGAGACCUUCUUGAGUUCGACCCUCCAUCAAACCACACGCCCUGUGUGAUGCAGAUGCAGACCCUGACGGGGGCUUUCCUCUUCUCUCUGGAAUCUCAGACAACCAUUGGUUAUGGUUUCCGAUGCAUCACUGAGGAAUGUCCAGCUGCCAUCAUCCUCCUCAUCGUCCAGCUUGUCAUCACCAUGCUGAUGGAGAUUUUCAUCACUGGUACCUUCCUGGCCAAGGUUGCUCGGCCAAAGAAGCGAGGCGAGACAGUGAAGUUCAGCCAACACGCUGUGGUGUCGACCCACGAAGGCCGACCCUGCCUGAUGAUCAGGGUGGCCAAUAUGCGCAAGAGUCUUCUGCUUGGGUGUCAGGUGAGUGGAAAACUACUCCAGACUUCCCUGACCAAGGAGGGGGAGACGGUUCGUUUGGACCAGAGGAAUGUGCCUUUCCAAGUGGACACGUCCAGUGACAGCCCCUUCCUCAUCCUGCCCCUCACCUUCUACCACCUCAUCGAUGACAGCAGCCCCUUGCGAGCCUGGGCAGCCAAGGAUCCAGAGUUGGCAGACUUUGAGUUGCUGGUGAUCAUGAGUGCUACAGUUGAGCCAACCUCCGCCACCUGCCAAGUCCGCACCUCCUACCUGCCGGAUGAGAUUCUCUGGGGCUAUGAGUUUCCCCCUGUAGUCUCCCUUUCGCCAUCAGGCAAAUACGUAGCGGACUUCGCCUUUUUCGACAAAGUGGCCAAGACCAAGACCACCCCCAUCUUCAAACCAUCCAGCCCCCAGCAUGGGUACCAGAGCAACGGGGGUGGAACUGUGCCUGAGGUGUCCGAUCCUGAGAAGAUUCGGCUGGAGCAGAGCUAUAGGGACAGAGGGGAGGACCGUGGCCGGGUCAGAGACACUCCUCUCAGUGUUCGCAUCAGCAACGUCUAAACUGCUUGACUGGUUGUGAAGGGAUCGUUUCACAGUGAGCGAUGUGCAGAACACUGAUUUGCUCUCAAUGUCACCGGCAAAUCAAUGAAUCAUUACAUAAGAA